GUCAAAAUCGCUUUGCCACCAAUUCCUUUCCAACGCUGAUUAGUUACAUGUUCCCGCCUUGAAGACCACCACUAGCUAUAUUUGAAGAAUUUGUUCAUAAUGCUCUCUCACCUAUCACGCCUAUCACUCUCUUUCUUUGCCGACAAAUGCACCACGAUUUUGCAGCUCAAGCAAGUUCACGCCCAGAUGAUUGUCUCUUCUUGCAUUCACGAUAACUUCGCCGCCAGCCGAUUACUCUCCUUCUGCGCUCUCUCAGACCGUGGAGAUCUCCGUUACGCUUUGAAGUUAUUCGAAAAUAUCCGAGACCCAAAUGUCUUCAUGUGGAAUACUCUCAUUAGAGCACUAGCUAGUAGCUCAAGCCCCAGUGAAGCCGUCUUUCUGUAUAUGAAGAUGCGGAGGGAUGGUUUUGUUCCUAAUGAGCAUACUUUCCCUUGUGUUCUCAAGGCUGUUUGUUGCAUUCGUUCGCUAGAAUCUUGCCAGCAGGUGCAUUCUCAUGUAUUGAAAUUUGGGUUGAUUUUUGAUUUGCAUAUUGUUAAUGGGUUGGUGAGGGGGUAUCUGGUUUCCGGAGAUCACAAGGGUGCUCGAAAGGUGUUUGAUGAAUUCCCCGAGAGGGACUUGAAUCUUUGGACCACGUUGAUAUGUGGGCACGUGCAAAACAUUUGUGCCGAUGAAGCAUUGGUGCUGUUUAAUCAAAUGGUCGAAGAGGGGUUUGAACCGAAUGGGGCGACUAUAGCUUCUGUGUUGUCUGCUUGUGCUCAGUCAGGUUGUUUGGAGUUGGGAGAGAGAAUUCACGCGUUCAUGGAAGAGAAAGGGAUUGAAAUAGGAACAAUCCUUGGCACAGCAUUGGUUCACAUGUAUGCAAAGAAUGGAUCAAUUUUGAAAGCUCGGUGUGUGUUUGAUAGCAUGAGCGAAAAAAAUGUAGCUACUUGGAAUGCUAUGAUUUGUGGGUUGGCUAGUCAUGGACAUGCUAAUGAAGCACUUGAUCUUUUCAGGAGGGUAGAGAAGGGGGAGGUUGUACCGAAUGAUAUAACGUUUACGGGAGUUUUAUCUGCCUGCUGCCAUGCCGGCUUGAUCGAUGCUGGUCAAGAGAUUUUUUAUUGCAUGAAAAGGGUGUAUGGUAUUGAACCCAAGAUUCAACAUUAUGGUUGCUUGGUUGAUCUUCUUGGACGAGGUGCGAAGAUUCUGGAGGCAGAGGAGCUGAUGAAAGGAAUGCCAUGGAAAGUAGAUGUUGUCAUGUUGGGAGCUUUGUUGGCUGCUUGUCAAAAUUAUGGAAACAUUGAAGUUGCAGAAAGAGUUGCCAAGAAGAUUGUCGUUUUGGACCCUUACAAUCAUGGGGCCUAUGUUGUUUUGUCUAAUAUGUAUGCUAAGGCUGGUCGGUGGGACGAUGUUCUGAGGCUGAGAAGAAUGAUGAAAAGACAGAAAUUAAAGAAAGCCCCUGGUUGGAGCCUUGUGGAUGGUGAUCAUUCGUUUCAUGGAUGCUGAGGCUGGAUGAUUGGAAGAUGUUUUUUGAGGGUGAGGAAAGUGCUAAAAAUAUGGCAUGUAAAGAAAGCACCUGCUAAGACACUCAACACCACAAAAAAGUCAGUAGAUGAAUACUGCAGCCAACGUAAAUUGAUGAAGGGACACGGUCUCUCUUCCUUUACAGCAUACUGCUUGAUCUCAUUAGUCAUUAGCAACCCAUCACCCUAUGAAAUUGGCCCAUUAUUUCUUUGGUCAUUGAUGCAUCUCAUGAAGGUUUGGCAAAGGACGCUAUCACUUGGACUUUCCUGCAAUUUCUGGGAUACUUUUCUCUGAGUCAUCAUCAUCCGAGUUUUUAUUACAAAAAUUUAGACCGGCUACAUGAUUUUAUGAGAAAAUUAACGGGAAUCCACUACAUGUAUUUGUUUCCGUCAUUUAUUUAUGUUAAGAUAUAAAUGCCACAUAUUGUCUAGUUUGAUUUAAUUGUAUGUGCAUAUAUGUGAUACAUUCUCUCUCUAAUAGGUUCUUUUAGGGAGAGUGUAUGAGUCUCUAUAAGCCAAAUUAAACAUUGUAUCAGAGCGGAUAUAUGUGGUACUUUCUCCUAUGAUGAAUGACCUUACCUCCACCCAUUCCCUUAGCCAUGAUUUGUUGGUUUUUUUUGCACUUAUUGGGCUUUCAGAUUGUCCCCUCACAAGUGAGGUGAGUGUUAAGAGAUAAAUGUCUCAUAGCAUCUAGUUUGGAUGAAUUGUAUGUGCAUGUAUGUGGUACCAUCUCUUCUCUAAUUGAUCCUUUUAGGGAGA